UUAAGAUGGCUCUGCCAAGAUAUUACGCGAAUGCCUGAGUGGACAAGCCCGAGUCCUACUACGACUACACGAACUUCGAGUUGUCGUGGGGCCCCAUGGAUUACUACGAAGUGGUGCAGAAGAUAGGAAGAGGCAAGUACUCCGAAGUCUUCGACGGAGUAAAUACUCUGAACAAUCAAAAAUGUGUCAUUUAAAAUCUUAAAGCCUAUUAAGCUCGAGAAAAUGCAAAGAGAAAUCAAGAUUCUACAAACACUCUACGGCGGAAAGAACAUUAUUAAGCUCUAUGACAUGGCCCAAGACGAUGUCUCAGAAGUGACUGCACUUGUCUUCGAAAGAGUCAAUCACACUGACCACAAAGUUCUUUACAAACAGUUCAAAGACUUCGACAUCAGGUAUUACAUUUAUGAAGUAUUGUUGGGUCUGGACUACUGCCACUCGCUCGGAAUCAUGCACAGAGACAUCAAGCCCCACAACAUCAUGAUCGACCACGAGCAGAGACAACUCCGCAUAAUCGACUGGGGACUCGCAGAGUACUACAUUCCUGGCAAAGAGUACAACGUCAGAGUGGCUUCUCGGUACUACAAAGGUCCGGAGCUGCUUGUUGACGACCGGCUGUACAACUACUCGUUGGACAUGUGGUCACUAGGAUGCACAAUGGCCAACAUGAUGUUCCAGAGAGACCCCAUGUUCAAGGGAGUUGACAAUGACGACCAGCUGAUCAAGAUCGUUGAAAUCUGCGGGAUCGACGGACUCAUGGACUACUUAAAAACAUACAAGCUGGAGAUAAACAGGUACCACCAGAAGCACUUAAAGAACUGGGAGAAAGUAUCGUGGGAAGAGUUUAUUACUAAAAAGAACAAGCAUUUAGUCACAAAAGAAGCUCUUGAUUUCUUAGAAAAAUGAUUACAAUAUGAUCGUGAAAAGAGGAUAAUGCCACAAGAAGCAAUCGAGCAUGAAUAUUUUGCCCCUGUUAUUGAAUAUAAAAAGAAAAUUCAUGGUGGUGGUGAAGAGGUAAAGACAGAAGAGUAAAAACUA